UGCCGUGCUACUACACACACGACGUCACCAGUCGCCCACACCGUAGCCGCUAGUCAGCCGAGCCAGCUCAGGAUGCUGGCCGUCGCAUCCAGAACCCGCAACAAAUCGGCUACCACCGCCAUCUCCCUUGCUAUGCCAUUCCUCCUCUCCUCCACCACCACCAACGCCGCCGCUGCCUCCCCUCCUCUCUUCUCCCCGACCUCCCAAAACCCUACCCCCCACCUACGCCUCCCGCCUUCUCCCCCCGCCCGCCGCUUUCCCCGCUUCCCCGCCGCCUCGCCGAGCUCCCCUUUUCUCUCCCUCCCGCCGAGGCGAGGCAUGGCGUCUCUGGCGGCGUCGGCCGCGGCCGCGGAGGUGACGCACCUCUCGCAGCGCGAAGCGGGGGAGAUCGACGAGCAGCUCAUGGGCCCGCUCGGCUUCAGCGUCGACCAGCUCAUGGAGCUCGCUGGGCUGAGCGUCGCGGCGGCUGUUGCGGAGGUUUACAAGUUGGGUGAACAUACAAGGGUCCUUCUUAUAUGUGGUCCAGGAAAUAAUGGCGGUGAUGGUCUGGUAGCUGCUCGUCAUCUUUAUCACUUUGGAUAUAGGCCCUCUGUUUGCUACCCAAAGCGCACACCCAAAUCUCUGUACUCUGGUCUUGUUACUCAGCUUGAAUCACUGGCGAUCCCAUUCCUGUCUGUUGAAGACCUACCUGAGGACUUAUCAACGGAGUUCAACAUUAUUGUUGAUGCAAUGUUUGGUUUCUCAUUUCAUGGGACACCCAGACCGCCCUUUGAUGAUCUUAUCCAAAGGCUUGUUUCAUUUAGUGUUAUUGGCAGUUUGGAUAGAAGACCAGCAAUUGUUUCUGUUGACAUUCCUUCUGGAUGGCAUGUUGAAGAGGGAGAUGUCGAUGGAGGUGGGAUUAAACCUGAUAUGCUGAUAUCAUUGACUGCACCGAAGCUGUGUGCGAAAAAAUUCACUGGUCCACACCAUUUUCUUGGGGGUAGGUUUGUUCCCCCACCUAUCUUGAGCAAAUAUGGACUCAAGCUUCCUCCAUAUCCUGGCACCUCGAUGUGUGUGAGAAUUGGACAAGCUCCAACUGUUGACAUUUCAUGUCUCAGGGAGAACUAUAUUUCCCCAGAACUUCUUGAGAGUCAAGUGAUGCCUGAUCCAUUCGAUCAGUUCAGUAGAUGGUUUGAUGAAGCAGUUUCUGCCGGCCUGCGUGAGCCAAAUGCUAUGGCUUUAACAACUGUCAACAAAGGGGGAAAACCUACUUCAAGAAUGGUCCUUUUAAAGGGUUUUGAUAAGCAGGGAUUUGUUUGGUACACAAAUUAUGGUAGCCAGAAGGCACAUGACUUAUCUGAGAAUCCGAAUGCAGCACUCCUUUUCUAUUGGAAUGAGAUGAACCGUCAGGUGAGAGUUGAAGGGUCUGUUCAGAAGGUUCCAGAAGAAGAAUCUGAGAAGUAUUUCCACAGCCGCCCACGAGGAAGCCAGCUUGGUGCCAUAGCCAGCAAGCAGAGCACUGUCAUCGCUGGAAGGGAAGUUCUUCAACAGGCAUACAAGGAGUUGGAACAAAAAUAUUCUGAUGGUAGCUUAAUCCCGAAGCCUGAAUACUGGGGUGGCUACAGAUUGACACCAUCACUUUUUGAGUUCUGGCAAGGCCAACAGUCUCGACUGCAUGACCGGCUACAAUACUCGCAGCGAGAAGUAGAUGGGAGUACAGUGUGGCGCAUCGAGAGGUUGUCCCCUUGACUAUUAAACUGCCAGCACUUUGGUAAUAGGGUUCAUCUUAUCACCAGCACUCAAAUCUUCUCCAGCUUCAAGGCGUCCGAAUUGUCCCAUGAUGUUUGCAUCACGGUUAGGUCCUGUGUUUGAGUACCAGAAACUCCAUUAUAUGCGCGCUUUCACAUGGGCUUUUCAUUGGAGUGUGGAUUUAUCUUGAGUCAAUGGAGGUGCAUCGCAAAGUCAUCAGAUGUCUUUUUUCUUUCCUUGGUGUUUUUCAUUCGUAAAUGACAUUCAUAGAACCAUCGAGUAAAAUCUUGGUAUUUAAAUCUCAUUGUCUGCAGACUUACCGCCGUCUGUGACUCCGUGUGCUAUAUAUUAGCCUAUAUAUAAACUCUGUUGGGCAUGUUGAUAUUGCCGGAAUAAUGCUCUUGAGGAUGGCUUUAUCAGAAUUGAGCCGAUAAACAAAGCUGCAGUUUGAUGUA